AUGAAAAGAACACGAGAAGACGAGAUGGAAGAUGCUGGAUUGCCUUAUGUGAGUGGAAAGGAUAUUGUAUCAUAUCGUAACCUUGUUCCCCUUCGCAUGAUACGUGGUGAACAUCGCGAAAUCGAAGAAGAAAUCGCUAAUCGAAUUUUGUCGGAUAUUUCUGAGGAAGGCUCCAUAAGUGGUAGCUUAGCGAGUAUAGACGAUUUGGAGGGAGCAUUUGUGCCGAAGAGGGAAGAGGUAGGCCAAAGGAAAACAACAAAUGUUUCCCAUUCACGUAAAACACAACUAAAAUCGCGGCACACAUGUUCAUCAUGA